UCUGGAAUGUGUUUACGUUACAGUAACGACGCAGUAAUUACGCUUUAACGUGCGGUUUCUAUUGAAGCGUGCGUGUGUGUGUGUGUGCGUGUGUGUGUGUGUGUUUUGGGGGUUUGGUGAUGUGAUGAAUAACGGGGUUCUGCACGAGCUCUGUGCGUUUCCGCUCGGCCCCUCCCUCCUCCUCCUGCUCGGGGAACCGGCGGCGGCCUGCAGGGAAAAACUCUACAACAAAGACGGAGGCCGCAGUUCGCUGUAAAAUAAACGACUUACAGUAAAGGGACAGAGGAGGUUCUCCUGCAUGAGUGAGUGUUUUCUGCAUGGACAGCUGUGUGUUAUUGGGACGUGUGUGUGCUGUAGAACGACAGUUUAUUAGUGGGACCAAUGAGGAUUAAGGACGAUGGAUGAUACUGUGACGAGACUCGCUCUCCGUUCCCAAGAACCUAAAAUCAUCCUUCAUGGCUCUGAUGAUGGGGGGAUGUGUGGGGAGGAGUACGUGGUGGAGCUGCAGGAGACGGUCCUACUCUCGGAUGGAGAGAAUGAUGGAGAGAACGACGCUGUCGCUGUGAGGAGUUUCUCCUCCGAUGAGCUUGUCAUCCAGGAUGCUGUGGAGGAUGUGGUCGCUGAGGACGAUGAGGGAGUCGCCGUGGAGACGUGUGUGAUGUCACUGGAGGGAGAGGAAGAUGAAGAGGAUGGAGUGACCGUGGCAGAGGAAGAGCUGGUGGAGGAGAGAGAGAAUGAGCUGCAUUCAUCUGGAGAUUACCUCAUGAUCUCCUUGGAUGAGGACGGGAAAAUGGUGUCUGCUGAUGGAGAGGAAGUGACGGUGGAAGGAACGUUGGAUGACCAGGAAGUGGAGAAAGAUGAGGAUGGACAGGAAGUCAUCAAAGUUUACAUCUUCAAAGCUGACUCUGGGGAUGAUGACCUUGGUGAAGGGGACUCAGACUCUGUGUGUAAGCCCCUGAGGGAGAAGAUGCUCUACAUGUCAGUGAGUGACGGUCAUCACACUCACACUGAUGGAGGCUCUAAGCUCUCUGAUGAGGUGUAUAUGGAGGUGGUGGUUGGGGGAGAGGAGCCAGUGUGUAAUGAUCGACCGUACGAGAGUAAAGAAUUCAUGCCUGUUAACUGGACAGCUGCUUAUGAUGACUCAGAGUGCUGUGAGAACAGGAACGGUGCAGCGAGUGCAGUUCUGCACAUUGAUGAGUCUGAAACGCCGCACACACUCAAACAACAACACAGCAAAACACACAGACGGGCUGAACACAGGCAGGUGCAGACAGCGAUCAUUAUCGGGCCGUAUGGUCAGCCCCUCACCGUCUACCCCUGUGUCUUGUGUGGGAAGAAGUUUAAAUCUCGCGGCUUCCUGAAGCGUCACACUCGGAACCACCACCAGGACGUCCUGAGCCGUAAGAAGUACCAGUGCACCGACUGUGACUUCACCACCAACAAGAAGUCUAGCUUCCACAGUCACAUGGAGGAGCACACACAACACACACACACACUCAGCACCAAGGCUCAGUUUGAGUCUGAAACUUUGAAAGAUUUCCACCAGCAGGUGCCGCUCUUCUCAAACCGCCUUCACCCUCAGCAGAAAACAAAGAUGGCUGUCCUUCCUGUUAAGAAGUCACACAAGUGCAAGUUCUGUGAGUAUGAGACGGCAGAGCAGGGCCUGUUAAACCGCCACCUGCUGGCAGUGCACAGUAAAAACUUCCCACAUGUGUGUGUGGAGUGUGGAAAGGGCUUCAGGCAUCCGUCAGAAUUACGCAAACACACACGCACACACACGGGCGAGAAGCCGUACUCCUGCACACACUGCAGCUACAAAUCUGCCGACUCGUCCAACCUAAAGACGCACAUGAAGACCAAACACAGCCGUGAGGACGAGGACGAGGAGACGCCGCCGGUUUCAGAGCCACACGUGGAGUCGCUCAGCGAAACCGUCAUGGAGACGCCACAGGAUCACGACCCCGAACACCAUCCCGAUGACGACAACGAUGAGGCUCGAGGACAUUUGUGUGACCUGUGUGAUCAUCGCAGCUCCAAUUCCAGCGACCUGAAGCGUCACGUCAUCUCUGUCCACACAAAAGACUACCCUCACAAGUGCGACAUCUGUGGUAAAGGCUUCCAUCGACCCUCAGAGCUCAAAAAACACGCCGUAUCCCACAAGGCCAAGCGGCCACACCAGUGUCGCCACUGCAACUUUAAGACUGCUGAUCCGUUUGUGCUGAGUCGACACAUUUUAUCCAUUCACACUAAAGAACAGCAGCAACAGGAAAUGCAACAAAACACAAACGAGCAGCAGCAGAAACCAGCUCCUUCGAUACAUACGCAGGAGCGAAGUCCGCCCAAGAAGACGAUCGGGGCGGCACAGCUCGCUCUGGGCGGAGCUCCCAUCAUUAAAAAGGUGAUAGGUGCCAAGGGACCAAGGGAACGACGUGUGUAUCAGUGUCAGUACUGUGACUACAGCACCGGAGACGCCUCGGGAUUCAAACGCCACGUCAUUUCCAUCCACACUAAGGAUUAUCCACAUCGCUGCCAGUUCUGCUCCAAGGGCUUCCGGAGACCGUCGGAGAAAAACCAACACAUCAUGCGGCAUCACAAAGACAUAAUGGCGAGUGAGUGAGUGAGAGAGAGAAUGAUUCAGUGAGUCGUUGAUUCAGUAAAUGAGUGAUUCAGUGAGUUGUUGAUUCAGUGAUUGGAUAAGCACUUCCCCCUUUGUCACUGACUUCCUCUUCCUCACUCUGCUUCCACGAUCACAUGGGCACACGGCAACUUUUACUCACUAGUGACAUAACUCAGUCACAUGACUUCCACAGAUAAGAGGGAGGCCUUUUGUCUGAGUGUGUGUGUGUGUGUGUGUGAGUGUGUGUGUAUGAGUAGGUGUGUGUGAGUGUGAGUGAGUGUGUGUGUGUGAGUGAGUGAGAGUGUGAGUGUGAGUGAGAGUGUGAGUGUGUGUGUGUGUGUGUGUGAGUGUGUGUGAGUGAGUGUGAGUGUUUGUGAGUGUUUGUGUGUGUGUGUGAGUGUGUGUGUAUGAGUAGGUGUGUGUGAGUGUGAGUGAGUGUGUGUGUGUGAGUGAGUGUGUGUGAGUGAGUGAGAGUGUGAGUGUGAGUGUGUGUGUGUGUGUGUGUGUGUGUGUGUGUGUGUGUGUGUGUGUGUGAGUGUGUGAGUGAGUGUGAGUGUUUGUGAGUGUGUGUGAGUGUGUGUGAGUGUGUGUGAGUGUGUGUGAGUGUGUGUGAGUGUUUGUGUGUGUGUGUGAGUGUGUGUGAGUGUGUGUGUGAGUGUUUGUGUGUGAGUGAGUGAGUGAGUGUGAGUGUGUGUGUGAGUGAGUGUGUGAGUGUGAGUGUUUGUGAGUGUUUGUGAGUGUGUGAGUGUGUGUGAGUGUGUGUGAGUGUGUGUGAGUGUGUGUGAGUGAGUGUGGGAGUGUGUGAGUGUGUGUGUGUGAGUGUGUGUGUGUGAGUGUGUGUGUGUGAGUGAGUGUGAGUGUUUGUGAGUGAGUGGGAGUGAGUGGGAGUGUGGGAGUGUGUGUGUGUGUGUGUGUGUGUGUGUGUGUGUGUGUGUGUGUGUGUGUGUGAGUGUGUGUGUGUAGGUGACAGGUGACAUAUUUAGAAUGACAGGUUACAAUUUUAUCACCAAAUCAUGACCCAGAGAAACUUUGCAGCACAGUCACAGCACACACUUCCUCCGCCAUGUUGCUCAUGCAGAACAGAAUUAUGGGAUGUCUGAGCCAGGCCACUUCCUUCACAGAGAUUAAUGUGUCCAAGAUUAAGAUCAUGUACAGGUGAAAAUGAAUGCGCUCUUUAUCUGUGAUUCAGUCUGAAUUUAUUUAUUUUCGAUGUUUUUAGACUAAAUGGGAAUGAAACAGUUCACUUCAAGAUAAAAAACACCUGAUUUUAUUGUGAUGAACUCGAACCCUGGCACUUUCUGCUAAGACAAAAGGAUUAAGCAGAAAUCUCACACUCGUCUAUUUUAUCUCUAAAUCAAGAAAAGUCGAAUGCUUCUGAUUUUGAUUUGAAUUGAGUUUCAGAAGGUGAGAUUAAUGUAAGAGAAAGAAUUUAAAUCAAAUGGGGCGCAGUGUUUAACCUCAGACACACCGUGCUGUACGAGACUCAUACAGAUUUAUACAACUGAAUCACACACACACACACACACACCAUAAAUGUAUUCAUCCACUUUGUUAGUUCAGUGUAUGUGUGUGUAUGUGUGUGUAUGUGUGUGUAUGUGUGUGUGUUAAUCUAACAACACUAGUGAGUCUCACCGUUAUCCUCAACACACAGUAUGCAGUUAGAAACCACAUGAUUGUGAUGAGAUGGUGUGUGUGUGCACGUGCGUGCACUAAGUGCAAUGUCUCACUUUCCUGUGCCAUUUAUAUUUGUACCCCAUAUUUCGUCAGGACCACUUUGUUACCAUGGUUACAGUACCAGCAGGCUGGUUUCUUAUGGAGCGCUAGACCUGUGACUUACGUAAUGCUAACAGCUAGGCUUCAUUCACUUAGCAUUGUCAGGCUAGUGCAGUUAAUACUUAGCAAAUGUGUGUGUGUGUGUGUGUGUGUGUGUGAACAUUACAUUCUAACACACCCUUCAUUAAUUUCGGAGAUGCUUUUGUCUCGUGGCGUGUAAGAACAUGCCCUUUUUUAUGCUCAUAAUUUUUAAAAUGUGCUCCCCUUUACACACACACACACACACACUGGCACUUUGAAGAGCGUAUGUUAUACACACACUUUAGGAAGCAAUGGAUUCAUUCCACAGUAAAUCUUUCGACCAAUGACAGGACGGCUCUUAUUUAAACGUUAACAUUAAUCUUGUAUGUUGGGUGAAAGGUGUGUGAUGCGUUCAGGCUGUGACGUCAUGUCAUAGAUAAAGCACUGAGUUCUGUGUUGAUCAUCUGUCUGUCCCGGGUGUCGGUCACUUCCUGGUAUGGUUUAGCCCCGCCCCUUUCCCUAUGGUCAUUUUAUAGUGAGAUUAUUUAUUUGUCGAGCGUGGAGACGGUGUUGUAUAGUUUAGCGUAACUGAUUCAAAGCGACUGUAACUUAUUGUUUUUGUACACAGAUCUGUAAAGAGAGAAUGAUGUAAAAACUCGUUAAAGAAAAACCUGAAUCUUUGUGUUGUCCUGAGUGUAAUGUUCCACAUAAUUGUUAAAAAGAGUUAAAAAGGAAAUAAAAGGCAAAGUAUUUUCCUGCA